AGCAAAUUAGUGUAUAUUGCAGCAGCACUAUUAAUUUUAUCGCUAGAGUUCAUAAAUAGUACUAGUUUAGUAAGGAAAAUGGUAAAUAGUACUAGUGCAUUGUAUGGGUGCUAUUCACCGUGCAGUGUGUUGAGCAAUGGCUCGGCCAAAGCAGGCCGUGUCCGCUGUACUGCUUCUGCCUCACCUCCGACGUAUGUGCGCGCACGUGUGUCACCACCGCCACCGCCCCAACCACAACCGAUGCGGCGGUCGGGGAAUUACCAACCUAACUCGUGGGAUUACAAGCUGAUUCGAUCACUGAAGGGCGGUUAUUUGAGCGAGUCACAAAUCACACAAAUUGAGAAGUUGAAGGAGAAAGUGAAGCAGCUUAUGUACAAGAAGGACGAACCAGCGGCUAAACUUAAGCUAGUUGAUGCCCUGCAACGUCUCGGCAUAGCUUAUCACUUUGAGAAGGAGAUCAAAAAUAUGGUGAGCUCAAUAUCCAUCGACGAUGCAAAAGUUGCGUUCGAAGAGGAUAUUUUUUUGAUGGCUUUAUUAUUCAGAUCGCUUCGAGAAAAUGGCUUUUCGGUCUCCCAAGAUCUCUUGAGUGGCUACAAGGAUAUCAAGGGUCACAUCAAACCCUACCUUCAAAAGAAGGAUAUUUUGGGACUUCUCUCUCUAUACGAAGCUUCAUAUUUUGGUUUUGAAGGAGAGAGGAUAUUGGAUGAAGCAAGAAUUUUCACGACCAAGCAUCUAAAUGAACUUAAACCCUACAUGGAUCCAAACCUUAAGGCUGAAGUGGUUCAUGCGCUAGAACUUCCACUACACUGGAGGCCUCCGCGAUUAGAGGCGAGAUCGUACAUCGAACAAUACGAGAGAGAUGAAGAUGUUGAGCUCGUUGUUUUGCAACUAGCUAAGCUCGAUUUUAACAGGGUGCAAAUCAUACAUCAGGAAGAACUUAAAAGAAUUUCAAGGUGGUGGAGAGAUGUGGCUCUUGCAGAAAAUUUGUCGUUCGCCAGAGACCGCAUAAUAGAGUGCUUCUUUACCGCCGCUGGGGUUGUAUUUGAGCCCCAGUUGGGACAUUGCCGUGAGAGCCUGGCUAAAGUUUGCACUUUUAUUACAGUCAUAGACGAUGUUUACGAUGUCUAUGGAACUGUCGAUGAACUUGUGCUAUUCACAAGUGCCGUCGAAAGGUGGGAGAAUGAUGCAGUGGAAGGGCUUCCAAAUUACAUGAAAACACUGUAUUCCACUCUAUACAACACAACUAAUGAAAUGGCAUGUCACAUGCUUAGAGAAAAGGGUUGGGAUGUACUCCCUUAUCUUAAGAAUGCGUGGCAUGAUCUAUGCAAGUCAUUUCUAGUGGAGGCAAAAUGGCAUCACAAUGGCUACAAACCGACUCUACGCGAAUAUUUGGAGAACGGUUGGAUGUCGUCGUCGGGGAAUGUUAUACUUCUCCAUGCAUUCGCGUUGACGGGGGAGAAGGUAGCGAUAGAGACUUUACGGAAAUCGGAAAACUACCAAGGACUAGUCCGGUCGUCUUCGUCGAUUCUUCGACUUUGCAACGACUUAGCGACUUACACAGCGGAGCGGGAGAAAGGUGACGCUCCAUCAUCGAUAGAUUGCUACAUGCAAGAGCACGACACAAACGAGGAAGAGUCUCGCGAAGCCGUAAGAGAUCUAAUCGUCGAGACAUGGAAGAAGAUGAAUAAAGAUGCUUACGAUCGAUGUCGUUUGCCUCGAUCCUUCACGAAUUCGGCGAUGAAUCUCGGUCGUAUAUCGCAUUGUCUCUACCAGAAUGGGGAUGGCAUAAGUGCUCCAAACCAAGAGAAGAAGUAUCAGAUCAAUUCCUUGUUUUUGGAACCCAUACUUGUGAAAGGAACUGAAAAUUAACUUCGAAAAAUUUCGGCGAUAAACCUACUACUCAACACAUAUAAGUUGUUGUAUAUAUGAUAAUAAUGUUGUUCUAGUUCAUUUGGCGCGCCUUAUAAAGUGCCACAAAUGAUAAUACCAUUAGUUCUUCAGUACAAAUAAAUGUUCAACAUUGUUUCCUUGUA